ACUAUUAAGAUCUUCAGGUGCAAUUGACAAACGCAGAGGGUGAGAACUUAAUAUAUUUGAGGCAGAGUUUCACCACCACCACCACCACCAACAACAAAAGAUGAGGACGAUUGUGUUUGCAGCUGUUUUCUCAGCUCUGUUCCUGGUGGCAGCUUCACAGUGGCAAUUUAAAUUACCAAACCAGGAUGCUAGAAGCUUUGGGGAAUACCAUGCAACGCCAGACAAAUUUGGGUGGAUGGCAAGACAUUCGAGAAACUCCAAAUUAUGUCAAGAUGACCAAGACUGUUUUUUUGGUCUGAUGGGGAAGAGAGCAGUACAAAUGCCGGCUGCCAGACCUGGUUUGAACAUAUUGCAAAUUUUAAGAGAACUACAGAACCGUAACUUGAACCCAGAUUACGCGGAGUAACGUGAGGCUGUCGAUCCUGGAUGACCGCAUCUGCGAAAGAUGUAAACUACAUUACAAUGUUGAUUUUAUACGAUGUAGUAUUAGAUUUGUAUUUGCAAUGAGCAAAAUACAUUGUACAUAGCAGACUUCAUCUGUCACACUCAAACCAUGUAUGGCUGAUCUAAUGAAAUCUGUUUCUUAUUUACUUAUCCCCAGGAUGUCAUUUAAAACAAUUAUUAAAAAAACUCUGAAUAAUCUCAUUAUGCGAUUUCAAAUUACAAUAGAUUUACAACCAUAGUUGCUUAAAAUAUUCUGUUCUUAUAAUACCAACCUGUUUUUGCAAUAUCAAUAAAAAGGGCCUAUAACUUC